UCUCUUCAAGAUGAAUUGGAAAACAGUGAAGAAAGUUGGGCCAAGCUCGAGGCUGCUGCCAGUAACCUGAAGAAGAACUGCUCCCCCUCCUUUGCAGAGAUUAUUGAGCAGAAGUGCACGGAGGCACGCACUAGGUGGAACUCAGUAAAUGAAGACAUCACAGAUCAACUGAGGGCAGCGCAAGCAACCCUGCAGCUUUGGGAGCCCUUCGAUACUUUAUGCACUGAGGCAGCAGCCAAGUUACAACAGCACAAAGAGCAGUGCGCUCAGCUCUUGGAUGCUCACAUGCCUGAGGAUAACAUGAUAGAAACCCUGAAGCAGAGGAUACAGGAUAUAAAGAAUUUACAGCAUGGCCUUCAAAACAUAACAGGAUGCCGUACCCAGAUUUCUUUGCUGGCUGAUAGGAUAAAACAGCAGGCUGGGACAGCUGCACAAGCCAUUCUGUUGGAGAAGCUGCAGCCGCUCCAGAGAGCAUCCUAUUUGGAAAAGAUGUUGCAGAUGAAGCUAGAUGAACUUGAGUUCAAUCUUUUACAACUGGAGGAUUUCAAGAACUGCCUUGAAAUGCUGGAGGGUCAUGUCAAGAAUUGCACAGAUGCCUUCGAUAACCUCUGUCUAGAGGGGGAAACAGACAACUCAGAAUUGCUCAUGAAUCACACACUGGAGCUUGCUGCACUUUCUCCAAACAUAGAGAGUUUGAAUGAAGCAAGCAUUAAGGUGCCACUCAGUGACUUCACCCUGAAGAAAAUGCAGAGCCUGACUCGGCAGUGGAGUCAGAAAACAGCAGCUGCUCUGGAACGCUGCAGUGUGCUUGAGGGAACUCAAAAUGAUGAAAAGAAAUUCUUUCAGAAAUGUGAAAACUGGAUGAAAUUUCUAGAAAAAAUGAAAGAGGCCUUAAAAACAAAUAUUCCAGGACGGUUUGAAGAACUGCAGGAGCAACAGAGAGUAUAUGAG